AUGGAUGAGGUUGCAGUGGAGACACAACCAGAAGUAGCUGAAGGGAAAAACAAAAGGAAGAAAAGCAAAGGAAGAAAGGCUGGAGAGGCUGAAUCUUCAAAUCAUCACAAGGAGAAAAAGAAUAAAGAGAAGAAGGAUGAUGACGAAAAUGAGGAAACCAAGAAGGAAAGGAAGAACAAGGAGAAGGAAGAAAGAAAAAUGCACUGGCGUGAAGAAAGGCACCUAAGAAAAGAAGAAGAAAAGAAGCAAAGGGCUGCUAGCUCGGAAAAGGAUGAAGAAUCAACCUCCGUGAGGGAGGAUAAGGGGAAACAACGUAGUUAA